AUGGCUUCAACUUCUUUAAGAAAGUUGGAAAGAAAAGUAGCUUUGAUAACCGGUGCCGCUAGCGGCAUUGGCGAGGCGACGGCUAGGCUAUUCUCCCGACACGGGGCUAAGGUUGUAAUAGCCGAUGUCCAAGACAACCUAGGCCAAAAAGUCGCGAAUGAUUUGGGCUCAUCCUCGGCCAUAUUUGUCCAUUGUGAUGUCACCACAGAAUCCGAUGUAAAAAAUGUCGUCGACACUACAAUCUCUAAGUUUGGAAAGCUCGACAUAAUGCACAACAAUGCAGGCAUAAUCGGCGAGCCCAAUACUAGUAUUCUUGAAAGCACGUUAACUGAUUUCGAACAAGUCAUCAAAGUUAACCUAAUCAGCUAUUUUCUUGGUACUAAACACGCUGCCCGUGUAAUGAUUCCUAAUCGCAGUGGCAGCAUAAUAAUGACAGCGAGUACGUCUAGUGUAAUAGCCGGUGGCGCACCACAUGCCUAUACUAGCUCGAAGCAUGGAAUAGUGGGGCUUACUAAAAAUACCGCGGUGGAGUUAGGACAACAUGGUAUUCGUGUGAACUGCAUCUCGCCGUAUUUGUUGGAUACUCCCUUAUCGAGGGUUUUCUACGGAGAUGAUGUUUUUAAGAAAGUGUAUCCUAAUGGGAAAAUUUUGCAUCGGGAUGAUGUGGCUGAGGCCGCGCUAUAUUUAGCAAGCGAUGAGGUUGGCUAUGUGAGCGGCCAUAAUCUCAUGGUGGAUGGAGGGAAUAGUAAUUUGAAAUUGGGAUUCAAUUAUUUUUCUCAAUCGAAGUGA